AUGGCUUCCCCCGUUAUUAAAGAAUUGAAGGCUCAGCCACAUCGAAAGAGGAUUGUCAAGACAGUUUGUUCGAUAAAUGCUCCUCGGCCGAAGAAAAAGUUCGCAUGGGACACGAGUGUUUUGUUCCAGCAGCCCCAGCAGAAUGCAGAGGUAGUUAGAGCUGCUUCUCCUGAAAAAAAGCCAAGGAAGAAGCCUAAGACAUCAACGAAGCGAAAAAAUAAGUUCGCACCGGUUUCUAAGACACAGCUAGAGAUCGCAGAGGAGUUUAGAGAUGCUCCAGCUGAAGAAAAGCCAAAGAAGAAGAAGCCCAUGACUUCAUUCGAGCAGAAAGAGAAGAAAAACGUACCGGUCUCUGAUAGACAACCAGAGAUUGAUGCAGAGGUUUCUAAAGUUGCUUCUGCUGAAAUUGAGAUUAGCAAAACAGAUGUACCCAAUUUGAAGGCGAGAUCAGCUCCACCCCGACUUCCGAAAACGAAGCCAUCAACAACUCUUGAGGUAAAAGCUGAGGCCAUUUCUGGGAGGAAACGUGCAAUAGCUAUUGUCGAGUGCAAAGAAGCUUCGAAAGCAGCCAUAGAUGCAGCUUUUAAAUUUGCAGAAGCAAAUAUGACUCCUGGAACUCAAUCGGUGGUUAAAACGAUGAAACCUGCCAAUGUUUAUAGAGUAUUUUGGUUGGGACUUCCAAAAGCUUUUUGUAAACCGAAUUUACCCAAGGCCAAGUCCGAAGUAACCUUAGUGGACAAUAACGGGAAGGAAUUUAAAGUUGUGUAUAUUCCUGAGAAGUUCGGCCUUAGCGGAGGGUGGGUCGAAUUUGCAAGAAAGAAACAGUUGCACGACGGCGACGCCGUAUUGUUUGAAAGCAUUGAACGAUCACGAUUAAAGGUUCAUAUUUUCAGAUCGACGGAUAGUGGAGACAUCACUGAAAUCGAAUAA